AUGAAGGUGGAAGUUGGUGGAAACGCAGGCCAGAUCGUCGUUCUCAAGCCGCAACGGGACGGCCAGGGUCUCCGCCGGCAGCCAUCCCCGGAUAGGCUAGGCCACGUCUCGCGACACAACUCGAGGGCGAUGCAGCACGUCGUCUUCUUCCACCCGGACCUGGGCAUUGGCGGUGCCGAGCGGCUCGUGGUGGACGCCGCUGUCGGACUGCAGGACCGCGGGCACAAGGUCACCAUCUACACAUCGCACUGCGACCCCGCCCACUGCUUCGACGAAGCGCGCGAUGGCACCCUCGACGUCAGAGUCCGCGGGAACUCAAUCGUGCCGCCCACCUUCCUCGGCCGCUUCGCCGUCCUCUGUGCCAUCCUGCGUCAGCUGCACUUGAUCCUACAUAUUGCCGUCUUCACCAACGAGCUACAGUCGCUCAAGCCCACGUCCUUCUUCGUCGACCAGCUCAGCGCUGGUAUUCCUCUCCUGCGAAUACUACAGCCAGGCAUCCGCGUCAUCUUCUACUGCCACUUCCCGGACAAGCUGCUCGCCAAGAAGGGAGGCCUUCUGAAGACGCUGUAUCGCGGUCCCUUCGACUGGCUCGAGAGCUGGAGCACGGGCUGCAGCGACACCAUCGUGGUUAACAGCAAAUUCACAAAGGGUGUCUUCGCAUCUGCCUUCCCCAGCCUCAACUACAGAAACCCCGGCGUCGUGUAUCCUUGCGUCGACACCAGGCCUACAAACGUGGAUGAGAUUGUACCGCUGUGGGAGGGCAAGAAGGUCUUACUGAGCAUCAAUCGUUUCGAAAAGAAGAAGGAUGUGGCCCUAGCAAUAAAGGCAUUCGCAGGCUUGACCGCCCAGGAACGCGAGAGGGCCAGGCUGGUCAUUGCAGGCGGAUACGACCCGCGAGUGGCCGACAAUGUGGCCACAUAUACGGAACUCUGCGAGCUGGCCGACUCACUAAAGCUCAAGCAUGCGACCGCUAAGACUGUCAUAACUGCACAGCGUGUCCCCGAUGACAUUGCUGUUCUCUUCCUUCACUCGGUACCGACCGCCUUCAAAACGACCUUGUUGGCCACAUCUCGGCUGCUAGUAUACACACCCUUACACGAGCACUUCGGUAUCGUUCCACUCGAGGCCAUGUUAGCAGGUACUCCUGUACUCGCCGCCAACGAAGGUGGUCCAACGGAGACAGUCGUAGAUGGAGAGACAGGCUGGCUGCGGGACGUCACAAAAGUUGACGACUGGACAGACGUCAUGCGAACCACACUCGCGGACGGCAAAGGUGAGCAGAAGCUUAGGGAGAUGGGUAAGCGGGGCAAAGAGAGGGUAGAAUCCCUUUUCUCGAAAGAGAAGAUGGCCGAGGCUCUGGAGACGGAGAUAGUAGGCAUGGCAAAAAAAGGCGCGUCCGCCCGUGACUCCUUUCGCAGCUGUGCUGGUCGCAGUUGCCUUCAUGGGCCUGUUAGCUGCGUCAGGUAUGUGGUUAGCAUUGAAGCAAGCGCGACAAACCGGAAAGCCGUGAGGCGGUUGUCUGUACUGCAUGUAUAA